AUGCAGACCACCUUUGCCUCCGUUCUGGCUGUCACCGCCAUUCUGGCACCCAUUGCCAGCGCAUUCUCCAUCACCAACUGCGUCACCGGACAGUACACCAACUUUGGACAGUCCGGUAACGGCAAGUGCAAGAACUUCAACGCUGGCACUUCCCUCGCCUACGACAGCAACAAGGGCUUGACCUUGACGGCUUUCCAGGGAACCGACUGCCAGGGUCCCUCGUUCACUACCACCGUCCAGAACUCUUGCCAGGGCGCGCCUUUCACCGUGCUGUCCGUCAAGGCCGAGUAA